UUUUCUCUCUCUCGUCAGUAGUCCCACGACUCCUUCCGCUCCCUCCAUUUCUCUCGAUUCACUCCUCACGGCCACUCUCGCCGCCGCCGGCAAGAUCACCGUACUGCCUGAAAACCUGCGGCCGUUGCCAUCUCUCGCCGCUAAGAUCGACCGCUGUUCGAGGCCAAGUUCGGUGCAGGUUAAACAGAAAAUAUGGACGCACAAGCAUCUUCAGACCAUCCACAGAUGAAAUCAGCUGUUGUUCUUAGAGGGACUGCCAAAGAUGGGAAACCUGGACCACCCAUUGGUGUUGUUGAUAUCGGGGUGGCUGAGAAAGCCUAUCUAUUUCGGGUUGCUGUGCCUGGUGUUGACAAGGAAUCAGCUAAGCUGAAAUGUUCUAUUGGAGUCCAUGGGAGGGUUGAAAUACAGGGCGAGAUCACAGAUAGAGGCGUUUUGAGCAGCUCAUCAAACGUGUACCGGAUGAUAACCCAGCAACUGAGUCCAACGGGGCCAUUCUCCGUUCAUUUUAACCUGCCUGGACCUGUAGAUACCCGUUUUACUCUUGCCAAUUUCCGUCAAGAUGGCAUUCUGGAAGUAAUGGCCUUCAAAAAGUGAAGUCCAGUGGUCUUGCUAAUGUUCUCGUUCAGAAGUUACAUGUACAGGGCACACAGAGAGCAAAUAUCGCCGUUUUCUGCGAGGCAAACGAUGCAUCUUGAUUAUUUCAUUGAUGUCUCAAAAAACCGAACACUCGGAGUUAAGUCUUGUGUGCUUGCAGAUAAAGCCUGAAGCUGUUUCAAUCUUGGCCCCAUAUAAAGGGGAAUGCAAUUUUGGGCAUGCACCGUUGUCAUGUUGGUUUUAUCUUGUAUCUGGGUAGAUUUUCCUAGUUAUUUAUGGAGAUAUGACUUAUGUAUUGUGGCAAAACAUCGAUUGUUGGUGACAUUAUGUGAAGUACUGUCGUAGUGCAGAAUAAGAUGUUGCCUUCAGUU